AUGAGCCGAGUAGCCUCCCCACCUCCCGAGAUGAGCCUGAUUGCGUUUCAGGGAGACUUUUGCUUCGCUUUCAUGUUCUCCAACUUUGUCUGGCGAAGCUACGGAACCCCGUGGCUCGACCAGGCGGCUGCUGGGAAGCUUGGAAGUCUCUCCCUGGAUGCCGCCAAGGCGCUUUCUGAGGCCAACUUUGGGAGAUCUAACCAUCAACGAGACAUCGAACUCAAGGGUAUUAUGCAGUAUGGAAAGUGUUUGAAGACAUUGGCUGGUGCGCUGGGAAGUGGCCCUGUUCAGGGAGGGCCACAUUUGCUGGUACCCAUUCUUGUGCUACUGAUGCAUGCUGCAUCCUACGCUGACCAGACUGGUGCUGUGUUUCAUCUCCGAGGGCUUGCGAGGCUGCUUCACCUCUGUGGGCCAGAAGCCUUUCAGGAGCAGCCUUUUCUCAAUGCGUUCGAGGCAACAAGGGCGACUUUGCUUGUUGCAAGUCUAUACGGCAAACAGCGUCUCUUUCUCGAAGAGGAGCGCUGGCGGAUGGUCCCAUAUGAGCGUAACAAAAGGUUCAAGACGCCACAAAGCCAGCUCUUAGACAUCUUGGUGGUUGUGCCGGGGAUUUUGCAGGACCACGAAGCAGCACAGUCGAUGGAUGAGGAUGGGCCGGGCUUAAGAACAGAGUUGCUGGGAAGGGUUGAGAGACAGCUUGUUGCCCUCUACCGCUGGCGAUGGCAAUGGCAAGCCCGCUCUGGAAACCAUGUUGAAACCGACGCCGGCAACACACCCCAACUUAAUGGUCGAGCAGCCGAGGCUCUUGGUUCUAUUGGUACUUCCAGGCAGUCGGGACGACUGAGGUUAGGCAAGUUCGCUCUUGCGACAGAGCUCAUGCUCUACAAUGCUACAAUGAUGUGGCUUAUCGCCCUUCAUUGGAAGAUAGACCCAGUCAGCGCAAGCGCGCGCAUCGAAGCGUGUGCUGAUGAUGCCAUGCCUAAUGAACCAGCCACUCACUAUUUAUCGUUUGAACCGCUUAGACGACCUGGCGGUGCUGUCACGGUGCGAGAUCCUGCCAUGGAGAUUUGUCGAGUGUUUGAAUGGGUUACUCAUCAUCAUUGCCGAUGCAAAGAACCCUCGUUCCUGUACCUGUUCCCUAUGGGGGUAGCGAUGAGUGUCCUAGAGACGGAGCCCGAAACAAAGGCAUGGGCGACAAGUCUACUGAAUAUAAGCCCCAUUACUGCCAACUAUGCUUAUGGACAGAAUGCUGCUGGGUUUGGUUUCUAUGUUACUCCUGAGGCACUUCAUCCAGGGAAGGUUGUGGCGAAGACACAGCUGUUUUCAGCCCAGGAUAUAGAGGAGCUAGCAGUUUAA